AGGGUUUAGGGGGUUUUGGUCAAGCAGUAGGCUACUGCUUUGAGAGAGGGAGGUGGUGGAUACCUUUUGAGGAGUCAAGUUAGUCACUUUGAGGUUCAAGAUCUUCUUUAAGGUUUCCUCCUCAACUCUGAAAACCAUUGAGUGAGUGAGUCUACACUACACCAGUGGUUUAAAGAGGUUUUAUUUAUAGAUGGUUUGGAGUUAAAAGGGCCUCCAAUGGAGAAGUUCCAAGCUGGAAUGGUCCUGGGCGCAGUCGGAGAUGCCCUUGGAUAUUACAAAGGCAAGUGGGAGUCGUGUAUUUCCGGAGCUCAGAUCCAGAAGGAACUUGCUGCUCUUGGGGGGCUUGGAGCCAUCAAACUGGAUCCAGAAAGUUGGCCAUUGAGUGAUGGGGCAAUAAUGCACAAGACCACAGCGGAAGCCCUCGUUACAGAUUACUGGUGCCUGGAGGAUCUGUAUCGAGAGCUGGUGAGGCUGUAUGUGGAUGCCAUGGUGUCUCUGAAGGGCCGGGUGUCUGACCCCAGCACUGUAGAGGGCUGUGCCGCCCUCAAACCCAACAAUUACCUGCUGGCCUGGCACACACCGUACAAUGAGAAAGGUUCUGGCUUUGGAGCAGCCACAAAGGCUAUGUGUGUGGGUAUGCGCUACUGGCAGCCUGAAAGACUGGACAGUCUGGUGGAAGUGAGCAUUGAAACAGGCCGGAUGACCCACAACCACCCCAUAGGUUUUCUAGGCUCCUUGUGUACUGCCCUCUUCGCUUCAUAUGCUGUGCAAGGCAAGCCAGUGGUGAACUGGGGCCGUGAUCUGAUGAAGGUGAUCCCGAUGGCAGAAGAGUACUGCAGGAAAACUAUACGCCACAUGGCAGAAUACCAGGAGCACUGGUUUUACUUUGAAGCCAAGUGGCAGUUCUAUUUGGAGGAAAGAGGCAUUGAGGAGGAAAGCCAGAACAAGCCUCUGUUACCGAACAGCUAUGAUGCAGAGGAUACUGAUAAGAUCUAUAAGCGCUGGAGUUCAGAAGGUCGGGGAGGUCGGAGAGGUCAUGAUGCUCCUAUGAUCGCUUAUGAUGCUCUGCUGGCCGCAGGCUCAGACUGGGGCGAGUUGUGCAAACGGGCCAUGUUUCAUGGAGGAGAGAGCAGUGCUACAGGUCUGAUUGCAGGCUGUCUGUAUGGGCUGAUCUAUGGGAUGAGCCAGGUGCCUGCUGGACUGUAUCAAGACCUGGAUAAAAGAGAAGAGCUGGAGGAGCUGGGGGCCAAACUAUACCGGGCAGCCGCUGCAGAAAAGUAAUCAGAGAAGUAACACCCCUGUCCCUCACCUUCUGGCUCAAACCGUAAAUCCCUUCUUCUUCCCAUCCCUGUAUCCAGCAUCCUCCUCUCUCUGGCACCCCAUCCUUUGUUAAUUAAGGUUUUAAAUGUGAGCUCUGCAUGGAUAUAACUUAACAGUUACUGCCUGAGUUUUAGUACACUUUAAAUACUAAAAAACAGCUUUAUUAGUGUAAGAAGAGAAAAAAAAAGAAAAGAAAAAGAUAAUUUAUUGACACAGAAGUGUGGUUUGACUGCACUGCCAUCUGGGCUCCAACAGAUGGAGCCAUAAGCACGAUGUGUUGUGACCAGACAUUGUACAGUAGCUGUGCUUGGCUGAUCAAGUUGUAGUAAAUGUUCUGGUGCAUGUAUAUUAUGUAAAUGGAUUAAAAUACUUUAUUAACAGAGA